ACCUAAACGGUCCUUUUCCCCAUCGCCUAACGCCAAGGGUAGGGGGGUGUGCAUAGGCAGAAAUUAACCUAUGCUUAAAACUUUCUUUAGUGAAAGUUCAUACUUACACUUUUUUUGUGUUUUAAAACUCAUUUCAUUCGCUUAUUGAAAGCGCUUGGACUCUUUUUUUUUUUAUACAUAACAUCAAGACCAACCUAACUAUCAAAGAUGCUUGACACAGUAGCAGGACCCGGGGCACAGCCCUUUGCAGCUAAGCUGAAGGCCCUGAUGGAUCUGGAGGGUCGAUACCAACCAAAGCUGAGUGGCUUGAGGUUAAUCGAGGGCGCCCAAGACAAUGGUCUCAGAAUGACCGCCAGGCUGAGAGAGCUGGAGGUGAAGGAUCUGCUCACUCUGACCAGAUUCUUUGGUUUCAGCUCAGACACCUUCUCACUGGCUAUCAGCUUGCUGGAUCGAUUCCUCUCUGCAAUGAAGAUUCAGCCCAAGCACCUGUCCUGCGUGGGCCUGUGCUGCUUCUACAUUGCCGUUAAGUCCUCGGAGGAGGAGAAGAACGUGCCCCUGGCCAACGACCUGAUCCGCAUCAGUCAGAAUCGCUUCACAGUGUCGGACAUGAUGAGGAUGGAGAAGAUCAUCAUGGAGAAGCUCUACUGGAAGGUGAAGGCCCCCACAGCCCUCCGCUUUCUCCGCCUUUUUCACAGCCACAUCCAGGAGCAGCUCGACACUGAGAGCAAGAACAUCCUGAGCCUUGAGAGACUGGAGGCACAGCUGAAAGCUUGUCACUGCUCAUUUGUCUUCUCCAAAAUAAAGCCCUCUCUGCUUGCCAUGGCUCUCCUUUGUUACGAGGCCCAGGAACAACAUGACCCAGAGCACGUCGACAACGUAUCUGAGGCCCUGAAGAGUCUGCAGCAGCAGCUGAAUAUCAGAGACGGGGACCUGGUGUGUGUACGCGAGUUGGUCGGAAAAUGCCUGGCUGAAUAUGCCACCACUAAGUGCUCCAAGCCUAACAGCCAGAGACUUCGCUGGACUAUUUCGGGAAGAACUGCACGUCAGCUGAAGCACAGCUACUACAAGAUCACUCAUCUUCCCACCAUACCUGAGUCAGCUUGUUAAAACCGAGGCUUAGGGUGACCUUACAUGCAGAGAAAGAUUACAGCUGUCCCCACUGUUGCGUCUUUGCUCUCCGGCUGGAUGUAAUUGUUGGGUGAUGUGUCUGCAGUUUGGUCACCCGCUUACACCUCCACUUAUUUUCUUUACAGAUGUUCAUCACCGAUGAUGGGUUUCUUUAAGGAAGAGCUAUAACACAAAGUUAAUUUUUCACCAUACAUUGAUCAAGCACACUCUAUUUUACGUGUCCCAAUGACAAGGAGUAACGUUUAGUCAGAAAGGUUGAUUCACUUCCAUCCUGCUAAGUUUUACUUUCUUGGUUGAGUUGCUUGCACAGGUGUACAGUAUGUACUCGUUUAAAUCCGUACCAAGGUGUUUGGUAUUUCCUGGAACGGGUUGCUGGUUUUAAGCAAAUAAGUAUAGAACCACCUAGGUCCUCAGUCCACUAUGUGGAAGAGGAGGGAGAAGGAUUUUGUGAACAGCAAAAAUGGAACCAAGAAAUCGGGCCCAAGAUCCUUAACUCCCACCCUAGGUUGCUAAACUGUCCUGAAUGCACACUCCUACCCAAGGUGAUGAUUUUUUUUUUGUUUUAUUUUGUUAGUGGCGAGGGAAACGAAGCUAGUGACGAUCCCGUCACAUAUAGCUAACCGUACGGUUCAAGCUGAGAUGUUAUCAGCGGUUACAGAUGAGUUGUUUUCACCAAUUGUUAAAUUUGUGGACACAGUGAAGCACCACAAGUGUUGAUUGCUUUCAGUUGUCAGAUAGACAUAGAACACA